AUGCUCUUGGUCCCUGGGUUGGUAGCACCAGGGAUCUCUUCUCCAUGCAAAGAGAAAAAAGUGUGUGCUGGCACAGAGAACAAGCUGAGCUCCCUCUCUGACCUGGAGCAGCAGUAUCGGGCCCUGCGCAAGUACUAUGAGAACUGUGAGGUAGUUAUGGGCAACCUGGAAAUCACCAGCAUUGAGCACAAUCGAGACCUCUCCUUCCUGCGGUCUAUCCGAGAAGUCACAGGAUAUGUUUUGGUGGCUUUGAAUCAGUUUGAAUACCUGCCAUUGGAGAACCUGCGCAUCGUUCGUGGGACCAAACUCUAUGAAGAGCGAUAUGCUUUGGCAAUAUUUCUUAACUACAGAAAGGAUGGUAACUUUGGACUCAGGGAACUUGGCUUGAAGAACUUGACGGAAAUACUGAAUGGAGGAGUGUAUGUUGGCCAGAACAAAUUUCUUUGCUUCGCAGACACCAUUCAUUGGCAAGAUAUCGUGCGUAACCCCUGGGCCUCCAACUUCACUUUGGUUCCAACAAAUGGCAGCUCGGGAUGUGGCCGAUGCCACAAAUCCUGCACAGGCCGAUGCUGGGGACCCACAGAGAAUCACUGCCAGACCUUAACAAAGACAGUAUGUGCAGAGCAGUGUGAUGGACGGUGCUAUGGGCCCUAUGUCAGCGACUGUUGCCACCGGGAAUGCGCUGGAGGCUGUUCCGGACCUAAAGACACUGAUUGCUUUGCUUGUAUGAAUUUCAAUGAUAGCGGUGCAUGUGUCACGCAGUGCCCCCAGACUUUUGUAUACAAUCCUACCACCUUCCAACUGGAGCAUAAUCACAAUGCCAAGUACACCUAUGGGGCUUUUUGUGUCAAAAAGUGCCCACACAACUUUGUGGUAGAUUCCAGCUCUUGUGUCCGUGCAUGUCCAAGCUCCAAGAUGGAGGUUGAAGAAAAUGGUAUUAAGAUGUGCAAGCCCUGCACUGACAUUUGUCCUAAAGCAUGUGAUGGCAUUGGAACAGGGAGUUUAGUGUCAGCUCAGACGGUGGAUUCCAGCAACAUUGACAAGUUCAUAAACUGUACCAAGAUCAAUGGCAACCUUAUCUUCCUUGUUACUGGGAUUCAUGGGGACCCGUAUCACACAAUCGCCGCAAUCAAUCCAGAGAAAUUAAAUAUAUUCCAAACAGUGAGAGAGAUAACAGGGUAUUUGAACAUACAGUCAUGGCCUGAGAAUAUGACCGAUUUCAGGGUGUUUUCUAACUUGGUUACUAUCGGUGGAAGAGCUCUCUAUAGUGGCCUUUCCUUACUCAUCCUAAAGCAACAAGGCAUUACCUCUCUGCAGUUUCAGUCCUUGAAGCAAAUCAGUGCUGGCAACAUCUACAUAACAGACAACAGCAAUUUGUGCUACUACCACACUGUCAACUGGACCAGUCUCUUCAGCACACCCAGUCAGAAGACGGUAAUUCAUCGAAAUAAAAAGGCAGAGAACUGCACUGCUGAUGGAAUGGUGUGUCAUGAGUUAUGCUCAAGUGAUGGCUGUUGGGGUCCAGGGCCAGACCAGUGUCUCUCCUGCAAGCGCUUCAUCAGGGGAAGGACCUGCAUAGACUCUUGUAACCUGUAUGAUGGGGAAUUUCGAGAAUUUGCAAAUGGUUCUGUCUGUGUGGAAUGCGAUCCCCAGUGUGAAAAAAUGGAAGAAAACAUGAUCACGUGCUAUGGUCCGGGACCUGACCACUGCACAAAGUGUUUCCAUUUUAAGGAUGGUCCAAACUGUGUGGAAAAAUGUCCUGAUGGCUUACAGGGGGCCAACAGCUUCAUUUUUAAAUAUGCUGAUGAGGAUCGUGAGUGCCAUCCAUGUCAUCCAAACUGCACCCAAGGGUGCAUAGGGCCACGUAUUGAGGACUGCAUCGGCCUGAUGGAUAGGUGUAGAGGUCCCACUAGUCAUGACUGCAUUUACUAUCCAUGGACACGACAGUCCACUUUACCACAACAUGCUAGAACCCCUCUGAUCGCUGCGGGAGUUAUUGGUGGCCUCUUCAUCAUCGUCAUUGUGGGCCUGACAUUUGCCGUGUAUGUUCGGCGCAAGAGCAUUAAAAAGAAGAGAGCAUUGCGAAGAUUCCUGGAGACUGAGCUUGUGGAACCCUUGACUCCAAGUGGCACAGCACCCAAUCAAGCACAGCUUCGUAUCCUGAAGGAAACUGAGCUGAAAAGAGUCAAGGUUCUUGGCUCUGGAGCGUUUGGAACUGUAUACAAGGGCAUUUGGGUCCCUGAGGGAGAAACUGUGAAGAUUCCUGUGGCCAUUAAGAUCCUUAAUGAGACCACUGGUCCAAAAGCCAAUGUGGAGUUUAUGGAUGAAGCUCUUAUCAUGGCCAGCAUGGACCACCCACACCUGGUGAGACUCCUGGGCGUCUGCUUGAGCCCGACCAUUCAACUAGUCACUCAGCUGAUGCCUCAUGGCUGCCUGUUGGAUUAUGUUCAUGAACAUAAGGAUAAUAUUGGCUCCCAGCUUCUGCUAAACUGGUGUGUCCAAAUAGCUAAGGGGAUGAUGUACCUGGAAGAGAGGAGACUUGUCCACCGGGACUUGGCAGCACGUAAUGUCUUGGUGAAAUCACCAAACCACGUGAAGAUCACUGACUUCGGCUUGGCCAGACUUUUGGAAGGGGAUGAGAAGGAGUAUAAUGCUGAUGGAGGGAAGGCUACAUUUCCAAUUAAGUGGAUGGCUCUGGAGUGCAUACACUACAGGAAAUUUACCCAUCAGAGUGAUGUUUGGAGCUAUGGAGUCACUAUCUGGGAGCUUAUGACCUUUGGUGGGAAGCCAUACGAUGGAAUCCCAACUCGAGAGAUCCCUGACCUCUUGGAGAAGGGAGAGCGGUUACCCCAACCUCCAAUCUGCACCAUUGAUGUUUAUAUGGUGAUGGUGAAGUGCUGGAUGAUUGAUGCUGACAGUCGGCCAAAAUUCAAGGAGCUGGCUGCUGAAUUCUCUAGAAUGGCUCGAGACCCUCAGAGAUACCUAGUAAUUCAGGGAGAUGAUCGUAUGAAGCUCCCAAGCCCAAAUGACAGCAAGUUCUUCCAAAACCUUCUCGAUGAGGAAGACCUGGAAGAUAUGAUGGAUGCUGAAGAGUAUCUUGUUCCUCAAGCCUUCAACAUCCCUCCUCCUAUCUACACCUCCAGGACAAGAAUUGAUUCCAACAGGGUCAUGGUGUUGAAAUUUCCUUGCACUCCCUUGCUGACAAGCAAAAUGAACCAGUUUGUGUAUAGAGAUGGUGGCUAUGCUGCAGAAGUGCCGAUGCCGUACAGAGCUCCUGGCUGCGUAAUACCAGAAGCCCCAGUUGCUCAAGGGGCCACAGCAGAGAUCUUUGAAGAUACUUGCUGUAAUGGCACACUACGAAAGCAAGUGGCAACCCUGGCAAAAGAGGACAGCAGCACCCAGAGGUACAGCGCUGAUCCCACAGUCUUCAUACCCGAGCGGGUCAUCCGGGGAGAGCUGGAUGAGGAUGGGUACAUGACGCCAAUGCGAGACAAACCUAAAACAGAUUACCUGAACCCGGUGGAAGAGAACCCAUUUGUUUCCCGACGAAAGAAUGGAGAUCUCCAAGCUGUGGACAACCCAGAGUAUCACAACGCUCCGAACGGGCAGCCCAAAGCAGAGGAUGAGUACGUGAAUGAGCCAUUGUACCUCAACACUUUUGCAAACACCUUGGAUAAUGCCGAGUACCUGAAGAACAAUUUGCCGGAGAAAGCCAAGAAGGCCUUUGACAACCCAGACUACUGGAAUCACAGCCUGCCCCCACGAAGCACCCUCCAGCACCCGGACUACCUGCAAGAGUACAGCACAAAAUACUUUUACAAACAGAAUGGACGGAUCCGGCCCAUUGUGGCAGAGAAUCCUGAAUACCUCUCCGAGUUCUCCCUGAAGCCUGGCACUGUGCUGCCCCCGCCACCCUACAGACACCGAAAUACAGUGGUGUAG